AUGCUGAGUGCUGCCCAGUUUGCAUCUGCAAACAACAUCUCCAGUCUGGCUUAUUUUACACCUACAAUUAUUCACUCAUUUGGUUACUCCCCAACAGCCACUCAACUUUAUUCGGAUCGCUAUCAAAUUCGAGGGAUGACGACUGUCUUCUGUGCAGCACUUUCAGCUCUGGGCUUUGCAAUCUUUUACGCUUCGAGUGACUAUCGAGUGCGGUAUGGUUCCUUGUUCAUCUCUUCACCCGGUGCAUAUGCCGUGAUGCCCACUCUAUCAGCUUGGGCAAGUAACAACAGCGAGCCCUACAAGCGGACAGCAAGCACAAUUGGCCUAGGUUCUAUGGCGGGAUCCAUCGGUUCAUUACUCAGCGUCUGGGUGAAUUGUUUUUUGUUUUUGUUCUUGGACACCUGCCAAGGUAUCAUCUCCCAACCGGCUUGA